ACCGCAACCCCCUCAGAGUCGCGCGCGAGGCGUGAGGCGGUGCUGAGGAUCUGAGGCCACGGGCAGCCAGACGCCGGGACUGUCCAGCGAGCGAGUCAGCGGGCGAGCCAGCGGCGGGAACCCGCAGCCACAGCAGCCCCGGAGCCACAGCCGCAGCCGCCGUCCGCGGAGCCCAGCCCAACCGGCCAUGGCGCUGUCGAUGCCCCUGAACGGGCUGAAGGAGGAGGACAAAGAGCCCCUCAUCGAGCUCUUCGUCAAGGCUGGCAGUGAUGGCGAAAGCAUCGGAAACUGCCCCUUUUCCCAGAGGCUCUUCAUGAUCCUUUGGCUCAAAGGAGUCGUGUUCAGUGUCACCACCGUUGACCUGAAAAGGAAACCUGCAGAUCUGCAGAACUUGGCUCCUGGGACCCACCCGCCGUUUAUAACCUUCAACAGCGAAGUCAAAACGGAUGUAAAUAAGAUUGAGGAGUUUCUUGAAGAAGUCUUGUGCCCACCCAAGUACCUAAAGCUUUCACCAAAACACCCAGAGUCGAACACUGCUGGAAUGGACAUCUUUGCCAAAUUCUCUGCUUACAUCAAGAACUCAAGACCAGAGGCUAAUGAAGCACUGGAGAGGGGGCUCUUGAAAACGCUGCAGAAACUGGAUGAGUAUCUCAAUUCUCCCCUCCCUGACGAAAUCGAUGAGAACAGUAUGGAGGACAUCAAAUUUUCCACACGUCGGUUUCUGGACGGCGAUGAGAUGACAUUAGCAGACUGUAACCUGCUGCCCAAGCUCCACAUUGUCAAGGUGGUGGCCAAAAAAUACCGCAACUUUGAUAUUCCUAAAGGAAUGACAGGCAUCUGGAGAUACCUGACAAACGCCUACAGCAGGGACGAGUUCACCAACACCUGUCCCAGCGACAAGGAGGUGGAAAUCGCGUACAGCGAUGUCGCCAAGAGACUUACUAAGUAGACAACACUUUCAAGAGAGAUGCCUUCCGAUCCCCUGAGAAUACGCUUUCCUAACAGACUGCUCCGCCUCCUACAGUAGAAGUGUAUUUUGCAUGAACACACAGUUACUCAAGACUAGGACUAAGGGUAGACAAAGUAGGCCUCUCCAGCACACACUCCUGAGCAGUAUUAUCCCAAACUCCUCACCCAGCUCACAGACCCUGCCCUGCCCAUCUGCCGCCCUCCAGUCUGGAGGUACUUCGCCACAAGCAUGUCACCCAAGAGGCAGUUGGCUGUCACUCUGGAGCCCCGACCAUCACGUCCCUUCACUGUGUAGAUGGCAGAACUUGAAGUGCAGUGUUCGGCCAUUAGAAAAGUUGCCUGCGACACCAGUGGACCCCUCGUUGCGGUGUGCAUGGUAUAGGAACAUUUAUGUAUUGGGGGAGUUACUACUGUGUCAGACAUGCUGUUCCGGUGUAGUCUGUUCUGGAAUGUCUGAGUGAGGAGACUGCAUCUGUAGAGGCCCUGGUUUCUAGGUAGACUUUUAAUUUUGCCUAAAAUGUGUCAUUUGUAUAAAUUGUAGCAUCUGAUACUACAUAGAAAAUGAAGGACUGAGGGUUAGGAAGGCAAUUUCAAAAUGACAAGAGAAGAUUGGGUGGGGUCCCUGUUAAUCUUACCUCCUGGGAGGGAAUCACCCAGGCCUGCUCACACAUCUACAGCAAGCAGUAUUGCUGCCUUCCUCCUAACAGACUUUUUCUUUUCUCUCUUUUUGUGGUGCUUGGGAUGGAGCCCAGGGCUUUGUUUAGGCCUGACAAGGCUCUGCCCCUGAGCUCUGUGUACAAAGCUCCUUUCUUGGGUGACCAAUAUCUUCCUGUCUUUGAGCAACAAAGGCCAGCCAGCAUGCGAGCUACACAGAAGUUAACCAGGUUCAGCGGGAAUUUGCCGAAAUGUUAAGUAUACUCUAUUCUGGAGAGGGGUGAAGAAUGGGCCAUCUUAAACUCCUGUGAAGCCCAGGCCCCCACCUCCAUUUGCAUCAGACUGGGUGAGAGGUCCUUCACUUCUCUUGGGAUAAAUUGUAGUUGUCACAGUGAGUGUGUAUUUCCACAGUUUUGCCUAAUGUCAGUCACCACGCAGAAGGCUAACCUUCUGUGUCUUUCUUGCCGUUUGUUUUGAGACAGGAUGUUACUCUGAAGCCCUGGUUGGCCUGGAACCUGAUAGGCGACCAAGCCAGCCUCCGACUCGUGGCGGCCCUCUUGCAUUUGCCUCCUGAAUUCGAGCUAGGAUUACGGGCCUGCACCACCACGUCUGGCUUGUUUUCUCAUCUUUAAAAACCAAGUCUAAGCUAAAGUUGUUUGCAGUCUAACAAACCAGAGGCCCCUCCCACCCACACAAAAUGGCUUUCUCAGUACUCCAGGGCCUGCUUGUGACUUUGUGUACUGUGCUACAUUUUUUUUUUUUUUUAAACAUGUCCGGCGAAGUGCUCUUUUUUUAGAGACGUCUCACUCCACAGUUCCCUGCUUUAAGGUGGCUGUGCUUUCCCCUGUGGUGUGCUGACACUUAAUAAAUGCCAGCUUUAUGGAACCAUUCUGACUCAUGGCAGCUCCCUUUUAAAACUUACUAAUACUUCACUUAGCACAGGGGUUAGGGAGCACUUCACAGUGGUCCCUGUGGCUCAGGGAGAUCCCGUGGCCAUUGCUAAUCAGGGUGUGAGCACCCUUUAUGUACAAACUGGGUGGUGGUCUGUCUGGUUCCAAUGGGAGGCACUAUCUCUUCUCCUUUGAGAAACGACCCUGCAGUGUCUCGGUGGUUGGAAGUGUCCCAGCUUUGCUUAGUGAUGACUUGGCCGUGGGUGGGGUUGAGUUUUGACGAUUCCAGAGAAGAGGUGCCAGGCGAGGGCUCCUGGGUAAGAGCCGUCUGUGCUCCUCACAGCAGAGGGUGUGCAGACAGGCUUUAGUGGGUGGGAGGUGCCCACGAUUGAGUGUUUAUUCUCCUUGGCUUCCUAAGUUGCCUCUUGGUUGCUCUUGCUGUCUCUGGAUAUCCAAAGAAAGUCUGUCUAAAUUGUUUUCCUUUAUAGAGACACAGUUUUGUCAAGAAAGUCAAACAGAUUUGAGAUUGGCAGAUGGACAGAAGCUUUAAAAAGGAAGAACCCACAGCAAGCACUCUGACCCUAGCCGAGAUCAUGGCUUACGAUCUUGAAAUGCGAACUGUGAUGUCUCCAUGCAGCUAAUGCAGACCAUGGGCUGACAUCCACCGAGUGGCUCUUCCCUUGAUCUUGCUUAGCCUCUGAUCUAUGUAAGCCCUCCGUCUUGGAGCAGGGAUUCUGAGUGGAGUCUGCCUAUUUUCCAGUCCAGUGGAUAUUAAGAGACUAUUAAACAGUGGGAAGCCUGACUGUUUUAAGUUCCAUCACUUCCUUUUUGAUAUAGAUACAGACUUUGAAUACAAUGCAAUUUCCUCAGUAACAUUAGCUUUCAUAGCAGUUUAUACCAUUAAGAGAAUCUGACUGGUUUGUACACUAGGUGGGUCAGCUCUAGAAUUUAGGCAUUUAUACUUUUCCUGAGUUAUACUCCCAGAACCUCCUCAGAAUUGCAUGUAGAUAGCAUUUAUUUCUGCAUAUUUAAAAAAAACAUUUAGGAAAUAUCUACAAAGAAAAUGUAAAGUAGAAAUUAUUUUUUUUUUCAUGAAGAUUUUGGCCCAUACUUCAUCAAGUUGUAAUGGAUUCUCCAGUUUCUUGAGCUGGCAAUAAUCAACAUUUGGUUCAGAGAGCGAGAGAGCAUUUGUUAGUGAAACUCACAGACUUCUAAAAGUUCAUUGUUACAAUUAUCAAAGUGGGGGAAACUAAAAUUACCUUAUCAAGGAAAACAUAUUAAGUCACAAGCCAUACAUGUUUAGCUCCCAAGCCAUAAUGCCGAACAGCUUUGGAGUAUUGUACAGAAAGCUCCUUACAAAAUGCUUGCAUUUUCUUCUCUCUGGAACAUCAACACCAGUGUAUUGCUGGCAGCUAUUGUAUUAAAAAAAAUAAAUAUAUUUUCACUAUCAAA